AUGAGGCGCCUCUAUCGGCUUAGAAGGAUGUGGCACAUUAGACUCUGCCACCAUCUGCACAGUAUCAUCAACUACUGUCUAGACAUCCUUAGCAGCAGGCUCAUCAUCAACAUCUCUGGUCCAUCCAACAAGAGCUCUAGAUCCUUUAUGCUGAGUAGUGCAUGGUGCACGAAAUUGAUCGGCCAACCGCUUCUUGUGACAACCGGUCGGGACUACUCUUCCCACAUGGAGAUGCGAGUCCUCUACCUCACCUCAUCCCGCUUGAGCCGCCAGUGCAGCAACUUCAACUUCAUCGUGCUCCUGGGAAGCUAUCGUUCCAUCUCUUUCUCUAGUCCUCACUAG